UUAAAUCUUAAGCUUAAAGAUGGCGGUCCACAUCGUGAUCGACCGCCGAUGUGAAAAGGUACACAAUCAGCCAAUAAGAGAAACCCCCUAGCUAUGGAAUCAAGACGGGGUUUGGAGUCUGCACCUUGAAUAGUGGUACUAGCUUUAAGAGAUGUGAGAUGAUAGGGCUGUUCGUAUCUCUACCCUACUUAACAACAAAACCACCUAUCUCCUAACGCCAUAUUAUAUAACGACCCGAUUCAUUCCCGUUAUGUGCUCGUCUCAAGCAACUUAAUACACCUGACUCAUCUACGAUCUUGAAAUUUUAUACAAAGGUAACACCCACUUCACUCGUAAGGCUGCAUCUUUGCUGGCGCCACGGACAAAAUGAACACCAACGCAUCUGCUGCCUCUGGACGGACCAAGGCACCCAAAAAGAGAAAUAGCGACGUACGCAAAGAACAAAACAGGAUCGCGUCUCGUGCCUAUCGAGAGAAGCGCAAACAAAAGCUAGCACUCCUCGACGAGAUCCUGAAGUCUGAUUCACAAACAGAUUCUAUGAGCUCUGUCUCCGAUGAAACAGAAGGCUACACUACGUCGUGGUCAUUGCAGAGUAGACAGGCCUCGAACAGUCCUAUCCCGGCUGCACUCUCUGCCGUACCCGUCGCCUCGCCGUGGCCGGUAGUAAGUCCGCCAAUGACUUCGGCGGUUCCUAACUAUGGCCACGAUAGUUAUGACGGCUGGAUGAACUCUUUUGACCACCACAGCCAUACGUUUCAUACUAGUAACGACUAUGUGCAAUCAUACCUAGCUACAGAUGUUGGAGAUCAUUCUCUAGAUGCUUCUGCUUCAUACAACAUCCAAUCUAUACCAUCAGUAACCUCGACACCGUCAACACCUCCCGUACCAUCUAUUCCACUGGACCCUAUGCUGGUUAAUCAGUUUGCACAGCAUCGCCAUCCACAAUCGGCGCAAAGCCAGAGCAUGGUAAAUUCAUCUAACCAAGUUGGUGGCGAUGACGAAAUCUCGAGACAAUUAUGGGUCGGGUCCCUUGAGGAUAAUGCGUUGACGGCGCUCGAGAGAUUUGCGGAAUAUAGCCACGUCCAACAACAGCAAGUCUUAGCCUGGGUGCGAAAGAGAAGAAAUUUAUCGCACAACGCCUCUAGUCACCAAGGCCUAGAGUACAGAUAUCCCACUUGUCAAGCAACGCCUCCGCCCUCAGCCCAAUUUGUUAACAGUGAUUUCCGCAAAUACCAGAGCAUGCGGCAGGCCUCUAGAUCACCUAUUCCUCACGGGCACCACUAAAUUCGUCGCGAGUCAAAUAGGGUUACCUACUCGAUCAUACCGAUCAACAAAACCCAAGUGCCUAAAGGAGUACAGUAU